AUAGGAAAACAUAAAGGAGAGUUUAGGGGCUGCUGAAAAAAAUGCACAACUGCUCCUGAAUGUCAGUUUAGCAGCUACAGUAUCCAGGGGCGGACUGACAACUCAUGGGGCCCCCGGCAAUAGGGGAUCAUGGGGCCCCUGUGUCCUUGCCAAAACUCAAAAAAGCCUAUGAAAAAGGUACCAGGGGCAUCUCAUGGGGCCCCCUACUGACCCCGGGCCCUCGAGCAGUGCCUGAGUUUCCAAAUGGUCAGUCCGCCCCUGUACAGAUCCCAGCA